CAUACGGGCCUCCAGAAAUGGCUUCCGAAAUUAUCAUUGGUUUUCGUUAUGAGGUCUUCCAAGGCUAUAUAUAUAUAACAUACAUGAUUCAUUCCUCAGUCGGCAAAACCCGAAUGGCAAGCGCAUACCCCCGGAAUGGAAUGGACCAUCUAUAUCCUCAUACAAGCCAUUGUCCAACGUGAAAGCUAUAUCUAUGCCCUUGAUGAGUAUGCUACACAGUAAGUGCAAUUCGACAUCCACACGACGCCCCAAGCUUUGCCAAAAGUAGGGAAACAUGCUAGCGUCAUUGACUACUGUAGUAACAAUGUAUCGACUGAACUGCUAAGGCAAAUGUUGGGGUUGUCGCAUGCUAAGCACUGGCGACGGAAGCUGGCAAUAUAUCAUACCUAACAUCAUUUACGCCAAGAUACUUACUCCCUGUACUGUCCCUGCUACUCAAAGCGCGAUCUCCCCAAACAUCGAUCUAGGCAUCCAUCCCCAGAUUAUAACAGUGUGUGGGUACAUUGAAUCGGAUAAGGUGACGUAGCAUUGUAACAUGAUCGCUAGACGAGACAAUUCUGAGGAAUGAUGACUACAUACCUAGGCUAUAACGAGCGGACAAACUCGUAUUCGACAUCGUGGCCGAGGCUUAUCACUCCUUCAGAGUGUUCAAACAUCUUAUCUUGUGACAUAAGACGAUCGCAAUUCGCGGAGCAAUAAAUCGAUGAGCUAAACAUCCUACUUAAGUAAGUAAUUGCUACAAUGGAGACUCCAUCAGCACCGCCGCCACCCCCACAGUCUGAAAGCCACCCAAAAACUGGGACUCCAUCACCAAGUAACGGGACAUCGCCGCCAACAACGGUGCAUAUCAGCGACAAAGCAGCUCUGGCAGCAGCUUGGAAUGGUCCUCACCCGAUUAUCACGCAUCUUAAUGCAGACACAACCUGGAUCCUGCAUCUCCCUUAUCCUGAGGGCGUAGAGCGGCCAUCCGGUCGCAGCCGAUUUAACGUAUUACUCGAUCCAUGGCUACAAGGACCGCAGUCCGACGGUGGCCGAUGGUUCUCAGUACAAUGGCACGUCAUAGCGCCAAGUGUGCAGACGAUCAAAGAACUCAAUGGACUUCUAGCCGAACUUGAAAAGGGUGGCGCGCGCGCGCCAGAGACGGACUCGUAUAUCGAUGUCGUGGCUAUCUCGCACGAGUUCACGGACCAUUGUCACGAAGCGACGUUACGCGAACUGCCAAGCAACACGCCUAUUCUCGCGCCUGAUAAGGCCGCCAAGCUCAUUCGAUCAUGGAAGCACUUCGACGCCGUCACCGAGAUGCCUCCCUUCGUAGCCGCUGAGACCAAGGAUUGGCGCAAGACUCUGGCCUGCGCGCCGCUGCCAUCUUGGGUCGGUAUAGGGCGCGUCGUGACGCCAGGAAACUCCCUAUACUACCACUCUGCUAUCCUCAUAGCAUGGACUGGCUCCUCGGCACAAGAGGAAGCAAACUGUGUCGUAUACUCGCCACAUGGAAUCGAGUCUAGCGCUCUCGCGGGGAUGAAAGGCACCGGCCUCCGGACGCUCGCUCUCUUGCAUGGUUUAGAUGAUGUCCGGCUUUGGAUGACGAAGCAGCUGAAUCUGGGCGCUGUCAAUGGCAUUUCUGCUGCGCGGGAGUGUGGCGCGAAGUAUUGGGUUGCGACGCAUGAUGAAGUGAAGAAAGGAGGUGGAUUUGUUUCACUACUGCUUCGACGGACAACAUGGUCUGUUGCGGACGCGGUAAAGAGGGAAGGGGAAAGGGGGCUCGGGAAUGGGCCGGGAGAUGACAAGCAAGCGGGUGGAUAUGAGUUUGUCGAACUUGGAUCUGGAGAUGGGUUAGUUUUGGCAUGAUAGAUGAUAUUAUCUGCUCUAUCGGCUUGGAAUGAUUGUAUACUGCGAGUUUAUGUAUAUUACUUGAUACACACUAUGCCUGUGCGAGUCUAUAUAGUAUAUAAAGUACUUUAAAGUGUAAGAGAUGAUAUUCACAUUCAA